CUCCGUUUCCAGGGAAUGGCACGUGUCCUAGGCCCAGCCAAUCACAGUAUUCCAGUGGGACUGUCCGUUGACGACAGUGAUUGGUUCGGAGGUUGCAUUGAACACUCAGGAGAGACUGAGAGUGAAAAAAGGGAGGGCCUAGAGACAGUAUCUGGGGAACUGAACACCUCUGGGGCCAUGGGACCUGGUUCAAGAGACAGCUCUGACUACAAGCAAGAUCCUCCUUUUGCUGCAUAUCCAUCCACAGUGCCCCGUGGAAACUUGGGACGUCCCAGCAGAAGAGAUGCCCGGGAUGGGGCGGGGUCGGGUCCAGCGCCUCCACUGUCCCCCAUCCGGGGGCCGCCGCUUGGGGCCGGGCCCCAGAAGGACCUUGCGAUGGACGAAGAGAGAGUGGAGAAGCCCGCUGGCCCACCCACAAGGAAGAAAUUCCUCAUUCCAGUGGACGAGGAUGAGGUCCCUCCUCCCGGGGCCAAGCCCUUAUUCAAAUCCACACGGAGCCUGCCCACUGUGGAGACCUCACCCCAGCCGGCUCCUCAGACCUACGCCGAGUACGCCAUCUCAGGACCUCCAGGAGGGUCUGGAGCCACACGCCCCAUAGGGCCAGAACCCCUGGCAGGAGAGACCCCCAACCAGGCCCCCAAACCAGGAGCAAAAUCCAACAGCAUCAUUGUGAGCCCCCGGCAGAGGGGCAACCCCGUGCUGAGGUUUGUGCGCAACGUGCCCUGGGAGUUUGGCGAUGUGCUUCCCGAUUACGUGCUGGGCCAGAGCACCUGUGCCCUCUUCCUCAGCCUCCGUUACCACAGCCUCCACCCAGACUACAUCCAUGGGCGGCUGCAGAGCCUGGGGAAGAGCUUCGCCCUUCGGGUCCUGCUCGUCCAGGUGGAUGUGAAAGAUCCUCAGCAGGCCCUCAAGGAACUGGCUAAGAUGUGCAUCCUGGCCGACUGCACCCUGAUCCUUGCCUGGAGCCCUGAGGAGGCCGGGCGGUACCUGGAGACAUACAAGGCUUACGAGCAGAAGCCGGCGGACCUCCUGAUGGAAAAGCUGGAGCAGGACUUCGUCUCCCGGGUGACUGAAUGUCUGACCACCGUGAAGUCAGUCAACAAAACGGACAGUCAGACCCUCCUGACUACUUUUGGGUCUCUGGAACAGCUCAUAGCUGCAUCGCGGGAAGAUCUGGCCUUGUGCCCAGGCCUGGGGCCCCAGAAGGCUCGAAGGUUGUUUGAUGUCUUACACGAGCCCUUCUUGAAAGUGCCCCGAUGACCUCUGCUGCCAAGGAGGCCCUUGGUGUAACAAUAAAGCACUUUCCUGGUCCAGGCUCAGGCUGG